AUGGACCGCAGCUUGGAUGAGAUAAUUGGUGCAGACCAAGGAUCACAGAAGCAGGACCGGUCAUCCCGUGGCCGUGGUAAUCAGGGUCGCCGUCGCGAUCGCGAUGCCCCAAGAAAGGUCCGCCCUCCUAUUCCUGCCUCAACUACUCCUGUGGCGCUGCAAUGGGAAUACCGCGAAGAAAUUCACCGAACAGCGCACACAAUGCGAGACUUCGAGCUAACAUCUUAG